AUGGCUGAUUCACGACCACUUAAAAGAACUAAAAUCACUACUUAUGACAAGGACGCUUCUAAUAAGAGCAUAACUUGUGGUUUGCCAACGGAAAUAUUGUUGGACAUUACUUUAAAAGUUGCAUCUCAAUCACUCUCUGGCCUUUGUCACCUUAGAUUGACUUCCAAAGAGAUGCUCAAUAUAACAAAUGAUGACGAUGUAUACAAGCAUGCUUCUUUGAAUACAGUCCCUUUCUUCCGAUUCCAAGAAAUCCCACAAGAAGCUUCAUUCUUAAGCCAUUGCAGAUCAAAUGGUAACUUAGAAUCUCUCUAUAGAGAAGGCAUGGAAGUAUACUUUACUAACUUGGAGCUUUACAAGAAGGGAUUAGAUAUGGUACAUAAGGCUGCUCAAAAAGGACACAAAAGAUCAAUGUAUGCUUUUGCCAUGAUUGUUCUAAUCAGCAGCGACACAAUGAGAAUAGGGUUUUUAGGGACCCAAGAAUUUGAGGACGCUUUGGGGUACCUGAGAUUUUUAAGGAACCAGAAGUGUGUCCUCCAGUGUAGGAGCAAUGUUGCGGAAUUCAUUCGUUAUUUAAGAUGGAAUAAUAUGCGUUCUGAUCUUGUGAUGCAAAUAAGAGAGCAUUUAUGUAAUAAUGCUCCAUGCACAAAUACAUGGAGACUCAAAAUUGGAAGUUGGUGCUUCAUGACUGAAGAAGAUGAUGAGAAUGAUCCAAACAUGUGUGAAAACUGUAGAUGGGAUCAUGAAGUGGAAGAGUUUUGCACUAUGAUAUAG